GCCGACGGUCUUCGGGAAGAGUCCCGCGCACGUUUAGACUCUUGGGAGUUGUAGUACGAAUCAAGUCAGGGUUGGAACCAUGUCGGUGGCCAAGGAGCUCUUACAGAUGGACCUGUACGCGCUGCUAGGCAUUGAGGAGAAGGCGGCGGACAAAGAGGUGAAGAAGGCAUAUAGGCAGAAGGCCCUCUCCUGCCAUCCAGACAAAAAUCCGGAUAAUCCCAGAGCAGCUGAACUCUUCCACCAGCUUUCCCAGGCCUUGGAGGUACUGACUGACGCUGCAGCCAGGGCCGCGUAUGACAAGGUCAGGAAAGCCAAGAAGCAGGCAGCAGAGAGGACCCAGAAACUAGAUGAGAGAAGGAAGAAAGUGAAGCUUGACCUGGAGGCCCGGGAGCGGCAGGCCCAGGCCCAGGCCCAGGGCGAGGAGGAGGAGGAGGAGAGACGGAGCACCAGGACACUAGAGCAGGAGAUCGAACGCCUGCGAGAAGAGGGUUCCCGGCAGCUGGAAAAACAGCAGAGGCUGAUGCAGGAGCAGAUACGCCAGGAACGGGAGCAGAGGUUGAGAGGGAAGGCAGAAAAUCCUGAAGGCAAAGGAACUCCCAAGCUAAAGCUAAAAUGGAAGUGCAGAGAGGACGGGUCAAAAGGCGGCUACUCCAGAGAUGUCCUCCUGCGGCUUUUUCAAAAGUAUGGAGAGGUGCUCAACCUCGUGCUUUCCAGUAAGAAGGCGGGCACCGCUGUGGUGGAGUUUGCGACCAUCAAGGCUGCGGAGCUGGCUGUCCAGAAUGAAGUGGGCCUGGUCGAUAAUCCUCUGAAGAUUUCCUGGUUGGAGGGACGGCCCCAGGGCAAGGACGGCCCCAGCCACCCAGGAGUGUCACAGGGCUCAGUGGUGUCCGAGAGGGACUACGAAAGCCUCGUCAUGAUGCGCAUGCGCCAAGCAGCUGAGCGGCAGCAGCUGAUCGCCCAGAUGCAGCAGGAGGACAAGGUGGGGCAGCUCACGUAGCAUCCAGCCCUACCACCCCACAGCCCCUUUCCCUAAUAAACUUUUUUUUAAGUCUA